GCUCGUCCUCUCUAGUAUCUCUCUCUCUCCUCUCUCUCUCUCUCUCUCUCUCUCCGGCGAUCUUCACUGGCCAGCGACGCCACCGUCAACGGGCUCCUCCGUUCGGGCCUUGCCGCCGUCUGUUCCGGCAAGUUAAUUCUCCGUUCUGGGUUAUUUGCUCUGUUGAUGAGUUGCGAGUGGUUUUACUUGGUAUUUUCUUUUGGUUCAUGAGGGUGUUGUGAAGGGCUUGUGGUUGUUGAGAUGUCGUUGAGGUAGUAAUUACUGGUUAACUUGAGUUUAAUUUUGGUCGUUGUUUGGAUCCAUGGAUGUGUCAGCACCGUUGCUUUGUCUGGAUUUCUGUGGUGGUAGUGAACUUUUGGUGAAUUCGGGGUAGUGGUAAUUAUAGGGUUUUUAUAGUGCGGCUUGAUCUUUGGGACUCGUGGGGUUGUUACUGUUGUUGUGGAAUCUGGGGAUUUUGCUCUGGUCUUUUAGAUUUGGUCCUUGUUCUUUGAGUUUUAGCUGAUGGAGGCUCAAUUUGGGGGAAAAGCACAUCGUUUCUAUGGUCCAGUGAUUUCGGAUUUGAAGGCAGUUGGGAAGAGGAGUAUGGAAUGGGAUUCGAACAAUUGGAAAUGGGAUGGCCAUCUGUUUACUGCUACUCCACUUAAUAUUGUGUCAUCAGAUUGCAGAGUUAGGCAAUUAUUCCCAGCUGGGUCUGACAUCCCGGCUAAUACAGGCCUGUCUAACUGUUCAUCCUCAUGUUCAGAUGAAAUCAGUUUGGGAAAUGACAAGAGGGAAAGGGAAUUGGAGAAGCGGAGGAGAGUGGUUGUUCUUGAUGAUGAUGAAGAACUGAAUGGUGAGGCUGGGUCCCUUAAUUUGAACCUUGGUGGGCAAGUGUACCCUAUUGCUGAAGCUGAGACGGGAAAAUUGGAGGGGAAGAGUGGGAAGAAGACCAAGGUCGUUGCAGCUAUUUCAAACCGUGCGUUAUGCCAGGUGGAGGGUUGUCUAGCUGAUUUGAGUAGUGCCAAAGAUUAUCACCGAAGGCACAAGGUAUGUGAAAUGCAUUCCAAGGCCAGUAAAGCGUUAGUAGGAAAUGUUAUGCAGCGGUUCUGUCAGCAGUGUAGCAGGUUUCAUGUUCUUCAAGAGUUUGAUGAAGGAAAAAGAAGUUGCCGCAGGCGUUUGGCUGGGCAUAAUAGACGAAGGAGAAAGACACACCCAGAAAAUGUUGUUAAUGGAGGCUCCUCGAAUGAUGAGCGUAGUAGUAGCUAUCUACUUGUUAUUCUACUCAGGAUACUCUCCAAUAUGCAUGUUAAUAGCUCAGAUCAAAUGAAGGAUCAGGAUCUACUGUCUCAUCUAUUGAGAAACCUUGCUAGUCUUGCUGGCUCAAUUAAUGAGAUAAAUGUAUCUAGUUUAUUCCCUGGUUCUCAAGACCGGCAGAAUGCUGGGAUGCCUCUCCAGGCUCCAGAAAAGGAUUUGCUGAAGCCUAAUGGACAAUGCACGACUGCACGUGUAUUUGAAGGGAUGGAGAAGAGAACUUUUAUGGAUGAUGUUCAGGCUACAGCUCUUCAAACUUCAUCUACUAUUCCUUGUCGUACAAGCAACAUCAUUCCAGCCAUAGCAAGUUGUGCUGAGACUUCAGUGACAAGAACGAAAUUGAAUGCCAUUGACUUGAAUAAUGUUUAUGAUGAUUCUCAAGACUCUGCAGAAAACUUGGGGAGUUUUCAGACUCCUGUAAAUCUGGGGGCUGGGUCUCCUGCAAGCAGUCUAUGGGGACACCCAGACUGUGAGAAGGCAAGCCCACCUCAGGCAAGCUGGAAUUCAGGUUCUACAUCCACCCAGUCACCAUCUAGUUCCAAUGGGGACGCUCAGAGUCGCACAGAUCGAAUUGUUUUCAAACUCUUUGGAAAAGAUCCAAGUGAUUUUCCUCUUGCUUUGCGGAAACAGAUUCUUGACUGGUUAUCCCAUAGUCCUACGGAUAUUGAAAGCUACAUAAGACCUGGCUGUAUCAUAUUGACUAUCUAUCUUCGCUUAGAGAACUCCACAUGGGAAGAGCUUUGCUGUGAUCUGAGAUCCAGUCUAAGCAGACUUCUUGAUGUGUUGGAUGAUUCUUUUUGGAGAACGGGAUGGGUGUACACUAGGGUGCAGAAUCAUGUAGCAUUUAUAUACAAUGGUCAGGUUGUAUUAGAUACGCUGUUGCCUCCUAAAAGUCAUAAAAACUGCAGAAUCUUGAGUAUCGCACCCAUUGCGGUUCCUGUCUCUGAAAGGGCUCAGUUCUCAGUUAAAGGCUCCAACCUGUCCCACUCAAGCACGAGGUUACUCUGUGCACUAGAAGGGAAGUAUCUGGCACAAGAAACUUGUUCUCACAUAAUGGAGGGAGUUGAUAUGGUCCUAGAUCAUGAUGAUAUCCAGUGCCUCAGUUUUUCUUGCUCUGUACCAAAUGUUACUGGGAGAGGAUUCAUUGAGAUUGAGGACCAUGGUCUCAGCAGCAGCUUCUUUCCAUUCAUAGUCACAGAUCAGGAUGUGUGUUCGGAGAUUUGUUCACUGGAGAGUGUUAUAUACAUGGCUGAGAUUGCUGAUGAUAUGCAGGCAGAAUGUGAACAAACAAAAGCCAGGAAUAAUGCACUGGACUUUAUACAUGAAAUGGGUUGGCUUCUCCACAGAAGCCAGUUGAAGUUAAGAUUGGGCCCCACAGAUCCGAAGUUGUAUCUAUUUCCUUUCAAACGGUUCAGAUGGAUCAUGGAGUUCUCGAUUGAGCAUGACUGGAGUGCAGCGGUUAAAAAACUUUUGGACAUUUUGUUCAAUGGUACUGUAGAUGCGGGAGAGUAUUCUUCAAUUGAACUUGGAUUACUGGAAAUGGGCCUCCUUCAUAAAGCUGUACGCAGAAAUUGCAGAUCUAUGGUAGAAAUCCUUUUGAGAUACGUCCCUGAUGGAGGCUUGGAAAAGUCUGGGUCUGAACAGAAACCAUAUGUUUAUAAAGGCUCUAAGUUUUUAUUUAGGCCAGAUGCUGCUGGCCCUGGGGGUUUGACCCCUCUACACAUAGCAGCUAGUAGAGAUGGUUCAGAGGGGGUGUUAGAUGCGUUGACUGAUGAUCCUGGAAAGGUGGGAAUCGAAGCGUGGAAAGGUGCUUGUGACAAUACUGGAUUGACUCCCAGUGAUUAUGCACAGUUGCGAGGAUACUCUUCCUACAUGCAUCUGGUCCAGCAGAAAAUUAACAAGAAAACAGCAAAAGGGCAUGUAGUUGUUGACAUCCCUGGCGCACUAUUUGAAUGUAACAUGAAUCAGAAACCAGCGGAUGGGCACAAAGUAACUAAAGUUGCUAGCUUUCACACCGAGAAGAGUGAAAUGAAGCCAAUUCGAGAUUGCAGACUAUGUGAACAGAAAAUGGCAUACAGCAGCACCAGAACAUCACCAGCCGUCUAUAGGCCAGCUAUGCUUUCAAUGGUGGCCAUUGCUGCUGUCUGCGUUUGUGUGGCUCUUCUCUUCAAGAGCUCGCCUGAAGUUCUUUAUGUUUUCCGGCCUUUCAGAUGGGAGCUUCUCGAGUAUGGAUCAAGCUAAAGAUAGGAAUAUAGCUAGCAGUUUCCUCUGUUGUUAACUGAUCUCUCUUUUUUUUUUUUUUUUUUUUUGGUGGGUGGGGGGCGGGGGCGGUGGAGA